AUGGCUUCCUGGAAAGAGGUUGAGGUUGAGCUUGAUUCAAUGUCGAAAGUACCAGAGACGCUGUCUUCUAGUCGUAUUAGUGGCUGUGACUCGUUGUGUAUGGCUGACAAGAGCGAGACCGUCCAUCAUAUCAAUCGGGAGGUCGAAAGUCCAUACACCCGUCCGCUACUUUGGUUCAAAGUCAGGGAAUAUUGUCGUGAUGCGUUCUCGGAGUUCUUUGGGACCAUGAUAUUGAUUCUGUUUGGGGAUGGGGCCGUGGCUCAAGUACUUCUCAGUCAUGGACAGAAGGGCGAUUAUCAGUCGAUUUCUUGGGGAUGGGGACUCGGAGUCAUGCUCGGGGUAUAUGCCAGCGGUGCAUCUGGGGGCCACAUCAAUCCAGCUAUCACAUUUGCAAGCUGCAUGUUGCGCGGCUUUCCCUGGCGCAAAUUCCCUGUUUACGCAUUAUCUCAAACCCUGGGAGCAAUGGCAGGCUCUGCCAUUGUCUACGGCAACUAUAAAUCGGCGAUCAAUGCCUACGAAGGCGGGCCCAAUGUCCGUACAGUCCCAGGCUACUCGACAACCGCAACAGCGGGUAUCUUCUGCACCUACCCGGCCGAGUUCAUGACAAAGACAGGACAAUUCUUCUCGGAGUUCCUCGCCAGCGCAGUUCUAAUGUUUAUGAUCUUUGCCCUGAAAGACGACGGUAAUCUCGGCGCUGGACCAUUACUGCCUCUCGCGCUGUUCUUCGUUAUCUUCGGCAUUGGUGCUUGCUUUGGAUGGGAGACAGGAUAUGCAAUCAAUUUUGCACGAGACUUUGGGCCUCGACUUAUAUCAUACAUGCUUGGAUAUGGACAUGAAGUAUGGUCUGCUGGGAACUAUUACUUCUGGGUAUGUUUUGUCUUUACAUCAUUGUGA